GUUAGGUUAGUGUAUCUAUGGCAUAGACAUACUGCGGUAGCCUUCUAAAGUAUCGUUAUGAGUUUCUUAUCAUCGGUGGAACAACCCGGCCGGUCACCCCGGGUUCAACUGCAGCUUUUCUGUUGUUUGAUUUUCUUCAACGUUCUGUAUUUUAUCAUCGGACUAGCAUGUGAAAUAACAAGUGCCUACAUCGGUAUCGCAUAUCGUGAUAAAGUAUACAGCAUUGCAGUAGAUACCGACAGCAUUAAUACCAUCGUAAUAGUGACAGCAGUGUUAGGACUUGCUCUUUUUAUCAUGACAAUCUAUGGUUGCUAUGCAUAUUCAAAGCGAUUCAAGUCUUCUGUGAUCUUGUUUACCAAGAUGCAUCUGCUUCUGUUUAUCAUCGUUAUUGUCGUAAGCAUUGUCAUUUUCUUGCUCAGUAGUCAGAAGUCAUUGUCAAGCCCGACUAGUAUACACCACUUGGACAAAUAUGGACAGCCUGGGUUCGAACAGUAUACAAGUCAAUGGGAUGAAUUACAAAUAGUGGGUUGCUUUGAUGUUGCACGAGAGUCGCUUUCAUCCAUCUACUAUAUCGUUAGUUCCAUACUACUAUUAGUCGGUAUUUUUCUGGGUUUUGGACUGUUUUUCUCAAUCCCAGUUUGUCGGUUUACGGUGUACUAUCAACACAUUAAUGUGCAUGAAACACAUCUAUGAAGUUAGCAAAAAGAAUUGUUUUACUUAUAACUUGUUGCUGGUGGUGAAAGUAUUACAGUAUUUAUUGCUUGUACUCAGUUAUUUAAAAAAAACUCUUUGGUCGUAUCAUUAUCAACAUGGUUUUUUAUAAGUUCAAUGUAAAAAGCGUUUGUGAAUAUUGUAAAUAUUUAUAUAUAAUAUAAAUGCAUUUCCAAUGAAUAUUUUAAAGAAAAAAUAAGUUUUGAAAAGUUAUGACUUACUAUAAGUAUUUAUAAAAGUCAUUGCUUUUACUUAGUCAUAUUACUACAAUCAUAAUAAAUACCGUACUAUAUAUUGAAUAUUGUAAAUAGGCCUAUUUAUAUAUAAAAUAUAGAGUUGUAUUUUGAAUGCAUAAUUCAUUAAAAUAAAGUUAUGAACCUGGGCAUUAUGGUAUAGAAUCCCGGCAACUUGGGUGAUUAUCCAUACUCGCAGAUUCUUCUCCUUUACCCUUAUAAUUAUAAAUAACAAUCCCGUUUGGAGCAACUAUUUUUUCACGCUCAAAGAUUUCUCAUCUUUAACGUUUAAUAUGUAUUUAUAUAUAUUUUCAGCAUUACCGAAAGACGGUUUUAGAGUUUAUCUCUUCCAUAUCAU